AUGUCUGAGAAAUCUAAAAAAAUGGAGGAACGUCUUACACAUUAUCGACAUAUGGUACAACAGCUGUGUGAUCCUCAAGUAGCUAGUGCUUUUGCGGAGGGUCUUCGUAAAAAUUUAUGCACUGGGAAAAGUGAUUCUCAUGUCAAUUCAUACACUGCUUCAACAUCGUCAUCCAGUUCACUGUCUUCCUCGCGAACAGAACCAGAUAACAAAAUUGCACAAAUGUUCUUAAUUACUCCAAACUUUUGGUGUUUACUGAUUCGUGAUAUUCGCAAGUUACGUUAG